AUGGAUAUGACUGCUAGACUACCGGUUGUUGGUAUCGUUGCUUGCCUGGUACCCGAAAUGGGGAUAGGAUUCCAGGGCACAUUGCCCUGGAAGCUUUCCAAAGAGAUGAAAUAUUUCAAACAGGUAACAACUCUAACAAAAGAUCCCACGAAGAUGAACGCAGUGGUGAUGGGGAGAAAAACGUGGGACUCUAUACCUCCCAGAUUUAGACCUCUACCCGGUCGUGUAAACGUCGUUGUUUCCCGAGACUUUACAAGCCCUUUCAUCGUGGAUGUCAACGGGUGUUACCACAGCAAUUCACUGAUCCUCGGAAUCGAGGUACUCAAACAUCAACUGGGCGAUCGUAUUGAGAGGAUAUAUGUCAUCGGCGGUGGCCAAAUCUACAAUCAGAGCUACGACAUCACUGAUCACUGGCUCAUCACCAAGAUUCGAACUGCCGAUUCUCAAAUUCCAGUUCCGGAAAUGGAUACUUACCUAGACAAGACCAAUUUGAGUACACAUUUCAAGCAACAAGGCAGCGAAGAACUGCUCAAGUUUCUCCCACCAGGGGUUGAUCUACCUGCACCACACAUGAGCAGCAAUGACAACGGUACCGACGACGACAACGAUCCAAAGUUCCUAACCGAAGAAAAGGGGUAUCGCUUCUGGCCUACUAUAUACGACUCUAUUUAA